AAAGGGUCCAGUUGGGUGGGAACUGCGCAAUAUUUCAUUCGUCAUAAGCGCACGUGGUAAAACUCAGCUGAACGUCAACGGAUAUCUGUACACGCGUGGCAAACUUCACGGCGACUUUCAGUACUGGUCAUGUAAUCAGUACAGGGUUUUAAGCUGCACAGCUCGUGCUUCGACAGUCCGCUGCAAACAGGGCGAAAAACUAACCAUAAAACUGCGUGGUUUCCAUAACCAUCCGAUUAUAGUGGAACGACGUCGGCCCGGAGAGUGCGCAAGGUUGAAAGAGCUGUACGCUCCUGCUUCAAGGCAAGUGUUGCCAGACAGGAGGAAAAGUCUGCAGCCCCCAAAGCAGCAGGUGCGUCUGCCACCGAUUGAACAAUGCUUUGUUAAGGAAGAGAAAUAACGGACGCGUUGUUGCGGAUAAGAAUGUAGGAGGCUGUAGUAGGGUUAGUGUAAUGCUUGCUCUAGUACUGCAUGUGAUGUAGUCUGGCAUUGUGAAUAACAGCUGAAUAAUCUUCAAAGAUUUACCUUUUCUACCAAAUUCAAAAGACAUGGCCUGCUAGGUCCUACUCUACCAUUAUUGAUGUUUGAUUAAAAAAAAAUACAUUAAAUAUUGUUUGUUGAUUUUGGUCCAGUACAUCCUUUCAAUUGUGGAAGUAUUAUUUCUGAUUGAUUGGAAGCAAACAUCGUACUGUGUAUUGCAUUUUUUGACGUACAGCUUUUCCAUUGUACUUCCAUUUUUAUUUAUUUAGAUACUCCAUUCCGGUCUACGACAAUGCCUAUCGUGGGACAAUGGUACGAAACCGUUUUGACGUUUACCACUAGUGUCUUCGGAAACCAAAUACUUGAUCUACAAGGAUACAGACUGUAUAAGAAGAAAACGUCCAGCCACCUAACUUGGUGGUGUUGUAUUAACAAAAACUGCAGAGCACGUGCCGCCACUAUCAAUGAAAGGUAUAUCAAAUUUGGAGAACUGUACCACAACCAUCCGAUAGGGAAGAUAUCGAAUUCGUUUAUUCCUCUGUUUCCUGUCGAUUUGUCUUGUCUACCGAGUCCGAAAGAGAUUACCAGGGAGACGAAAAAGUAUUCAAAACUUGGUUAGGAUUUUGGCGGAUCGAAUAAUCACCAUCCUUGAAUGGGAAGACUGAGUAUUACUGAGUGAGGCCAUGUUUAUCAAUGACGAGAUGACGGAAAACACAUCAAUAUGGAAAUUUUUAGCCGUUUACUCAUCAUUGACAACCUUGAUUUGAUUGAUAUUUGUGUAUAAUCUAGUACCUCAUUUUAGUAAAGAAUCUCAACAUCUAUCUGGAUUUUUUAUAAGGUCACUCUUUAGAAUAUACGCUAGACGUUAUCUAAGUCAUGAGGAAAGACGUACUAGACUGUUAUUCUGUUCGUAGUUUAAACUUCCAGUGCAAGUGAAAAUCAAAAGUAAAUUUGGAAUAAAAUCAGGCAAGAUGAGAAUAUUUGCCAUUAAGUCAUUCAUAUUGUUUUAAAUUGUUUUUAUUUUUCCAUACAUGCCGAUAAUAAAUGUUGAUAAUGCCCAUCGUAGGCCAGUAGUACGAAUUGAUUCUUCUUAUAUACGACACGUUGGUGAGCUGUGUCAGGCAAGAACUGUCGAACAAACAACUAGUGGUACUGCUCAAACAAAACCUAUCCGGCCUUAAAGCAUUUAUGUUUAAGAAUCCUAGUAAAAAAGAUACCAAAUAUGCUGUGAUAAUCGACUGAUUAUUCAUGUACCUGUGUCUAACUUAGAAAUUUCUUUCUCCGUAGGAACCUCAGAACUGAAUGCAGUAUAUUUCAUGAGCUUCCUUUUCAGCCAACGGAGACGACGUUCCGACGGUCAAAAUCAUAGAACGUGAAGAAAUUGAAGCUCUUCUGACUCCACCUUGUAUGUCUAAACGGAUCGAACCAAGUGCUUUGCCGGAUUGAACGAGUGGUGUCAAUCUUUGAUAAUUUUUAUUGGGGAUCUGGCAUCGAAUUGGUUUCAGAAGUAGCACCAACUAGUGCGCACUACUCCCGACAUCUUCUGUGGUAAUGUUCUACACAUAGAAACGGCAGUGGAAGUUAAUUAUGCUAUUUCAGUAUCAAAUUCACAAUAGCUUUUUCAUGUCGUAAAAUAGUAAGUAACUUUAGUAUAAGCCACAGGGAUUGCCGUCGGUAUCCACACCGCUGAAAAAGAGCAACCCACAACAAGAACCCAAAAAAUCAGAUCCACCGAAAGUUGCGCUCAGAAAUCCGUCUUGAAAUAUAACAAUGGAGACUUAUUUGAGAAGCGUACAAGGUGGUCAAGGUAGGAUUGUAUUUCCAUCACUCAUCUAAUUAUAGACGGAUUCAUCAAUAAGUUCGGCAGAUGGACGCGUGAGUAACUAGCCCGUUGAAACACAGAACUGAAAUGUGUUUUUCCAAUAUCGUAAUUUUGCGCGUUUUGUGGUACAAACAUGAAUAGAAUAUGUUUUCAAAACAUCCUAUCCGGUAUUCAAAACAAAAAAACAUAUCUUUUAUCAUGAUAAAACUUAGUGAAUAAUAUGUACUUCAUAAUUUUAAUUCAUCAAUUCGCAUUUUCAAUUAAACAAUCCUUGUCAGUAUUAUUUUUGUACACGCAAAUCCAAACGUGAUGUUUUGAAAUGUUAUUCUUGAUUUGAGUCUUUCUCCGCGCACACCGAUCGUGUUGUUUUGAACUGCUUUGUUUUGUUUACAUUUCAGCACAUCGGGUACAAACCAGCAUCGUAUCGCGACGAAAAAGGGAAGAGGAUCAAACUCGGACGCGCAAAGCCAAAGGAUGUUUGUUCGACCGAACUCACAAGUACUGUUGUGCUACCUCUGCCUCACGGCACCGGACGAGCAGGCAUCAGCAAGCUUAGGGUAGCCGUUAGUCGAUGUCAUCAGAGUAGAUGCAGGGAAGCAGUGACAGCAUACCAGGAGACGAAGAACUUGUUCCGACACCAUCACGGUGAGUUCGAGAACUUCCAGAAACAGUGGAAAUCAAUUACAGUGCCAUUUGUUUACACAUAAUCACCAAAUUGGAACGAGAUACCUAUCAGCACUUACGGGAUGAAUAACCGGUGCUGCAAAACGCCGCCUGCUAUCAGCUCGUAAAUACCGACUUCAGCUGCAAGUAUCCAAAGAAAAGAGAUCUUCCUUUCGCACAAUUCACUGGUUUUCGCAUUCGUGCUAAGGUAGUGUCUCCCAAUAAGGUACCCGAACUGGGAAAAAUCCUGUUGGCACUGCUGCACGAAGAAAUAAUUGAAGACAUACAAACCCCAUGCCAGUCUGCGACAGCGCCUAUCGUAGGCCAGUGGUACGAAACCGUUUUGACCUUUGCCACGAGUGCCAAAGGCAAUAAAGUACUCGAUCUACACGGAUACAGGCUCUGUAAGAAGAAAACAACCAAACACCUUACUUGGUGGUCUUGUAUACACAAGAAGUGCAAGGCACGUUCCGCUACAAUCGGUGAGAGGUACAUAAAAUUUGGCGAGCUGUACCACAACCAUCCCAUAAGAAAGAGUUCCAAGUCGUGGAUUCCUCUGGUCCCAAUUGACCUAUCCCGUCUACCGAAUGCGACGGAGAUUGUCAAGGAAACUUUGAGAGUGGCCUUCGAGCUUCGCAUAUCCCUGGCUAUAGUACGAAAUCUUCCGCCACGUUUGUCCAUAAGCCGGUUCAUCAAAACCCGAAACCCAUCGAGGUGCAUCAUGCACCUACCACCUCCGGUGCGAUCAAAUUCAUUCGCAGUCAGAAAAAGAAUGCCCAACUGGUGUACAAGGGUUUCCUGUACAAUCGGAAAUUGACCCAGCAAAAUGGCAAUACCACGUGGCGGUGCAUCGAUGUCACGAAGUUACGCUGCAAAGCGAUUUGCGUUACCAAAUUCAACAAAUUGAUACGUGCCAAACGGCAGCAUGCUCAUGAGAACCAUGAAAGUAAGAUCAGGAAUCGACCGCUGUAUGACUACCCGGAAGAUUUGGAGGAAUAUCUGGACAUCUACUCUAGGGAUCCGAUUUCAGCGUCGCAAAAGCUGGACGUCAUCGACGAUGGAACCGAUUAUAAGCUGGUCGUUCGGGAUACCAUCGAGGAAGUCGUACAUGAAGCACCUGAGAGUCACAUAGGAGACAUGAUGGCGAGUGGGACGGAUACGUUCUAUGCGACACCUCAGUAACACAUUCUAGUACUACAAUUGAAACCAAAUCGUAAUAAUAAAGCUUGUACAAAGUCUGCGUGUAGAUGAAAUUUUUCUGAAAAAUGAGCUAUCAUCUUCGACGAAGAUGUUCUUCAAAGAUGACGAAUACGUAGGUUCGUCGGAUCGAGUGUAUACAUUCCUCACCAGUCGUAAGGGAGGCAUCCAUUUGGUUCACGACAGGUAUAUCUAUCGAUCGAACCUACGGCGAUGCGGCCGUAACAAAGACAUCAUCUACUGGGAAUGUGUGCACAACCGAGCGGAAAAAUGUCGCGGGCGACUGAAAAGCGUGGGCGAUCAACUGUACAUUUCAAACUGGAAUAUACAACACAAUCAUGAACCGGACACAAUAAAAAUAGCAACGGCCAUGGCUUCCGGGCACAUCUCUUACAGAACGUUAUCCUCACUCGGAACUGUAUAUUCCACAAUUACGAUAUGUGAUUCGGUUUAAAAAAACAAUAAAAUAUGUUUUCUUUUGAAAUUGUUAUCACCUCAUUUUACUUAAUUUUAUUUUAACUAUUCAAAAACAUAAAGUUACAAUCGAUGAAUGUAUUUUGUUUCUUCUAGAUUUCAAAAUUGAGUGCACGACGGUACAAUUCGUCCGAAGUAGGAAGGGCAAACCCCUAUUGUUGUACAAAGGCCAUCAGUACACGUUGAACCGUCGACGGAAACAGCUGGGCUACUGGGAGUGCGUUCACAGGCGUUCGAAGCUGAAAAGUUGUCCCUCUCGGAUAACGACGGACAACGUUCAGAUUAAGCGUGUCAAGGGCGAACACGACCACAUGCCUCCGGAGAUGAUAGAAUAUCUGUUGGAUGACUGCAAUGCAUUUCUGAAAGUGGCACCGCCAGAAUAAAAGUUGAAUUUUUGAUUUGUUCGUUUCUCUGUUUGAUUUAGUUAAAUUAAAUAAAUCUCAGUGUGUGCUACCAGACCUAGAUCGCAUCGAUUGAGAACGUUGAAUUUUUAAAAUUUUCACAUUUGAUCUUUAUAGUUCUCAUUGAACGUCUGGUGGAGCCUGAACUAAUCAAAGAGGAACCAAACAAGUUGCUGUUCGUUCGCAGUCGUUGGGGACGCGAACUAUUGAUCUAUGAACAAUAUGUUUUCUUCUCCAACAAACGGGUCGAGGCGACGAAUACCACCUACUGGCGAUGUACGUUUUCCAGCAAUCGGAAAGGCCCAAACCGCUGCUCGGUGCGAUGCAUUACUAGAGACAAUCGCGUUAUAAACUUUCACGGACUGCAUAAUCAUGGCAUGUCUUCGGACUGCAUGGAAGGCAUGUCUUCGAUCAAUACAGUGUGUAUGAUUCAUGAAAACAUAAUAAAACAUGUUGAAAUGAAAAUAUGCCUAUCACUGUAGUACUAGAAUGUUAUUAUAUUGAUUGCAAAACGUCAUUUCCGACUACAGUAUUUAUGAUAAAUGAGUUUCAAUAAACAUGUUGAAAAAAAUCGAUCGAGUUUCACUACAGUACUAGAGUAUAAAUAAUUUCAAUAAUACUAACAGAAUACGUUUGUUUGCUUAUCUGUGGCGUUUUAAGGUGCUUACUCGCAGGAGCUGAAGUUCAUCAAAAGCCCAUGGUCUACGCCGUGUCUGGUGAUCAAUGACUUCCUGUACAACUGUCACAGUACUAGAGGGAACAAGGUGUAUUGGCGGUGCCACAACUACUCUCGAAAGAAGAAGGAAGAACGCUGCAGAGCUAGAUGCGUGAUUGUGAAUGGCAGGCUGAGCGCUCUCACAGGAACGCAGCACAACCACGAUCCACACACGGAGAAAAUAGCCAAGAUUAGUCGACGUAACAAUAUGGUUGAUGAAGUACUAGAUGCAGCCAGGGCGGAUCCACCGCCGAGCUAUCUCACUAGUGGGCUUUACAGUUCAAGCUUUUUAUCCGGUGGUUCUACUUUGCUGGACAGCGGCUCCCCGGAGAUCGGUUUGAUCAAGAUCGACGUAUUGCCUAAAUUAGAAGACUACGGCUUGCCAGUUGAACUGUAAACAUGUAUUUUUAAGCUGAAUUUUUACCUCUGAAUCGCAAUAAUAAAUUAUCAAUGUUCGUGAAGCAAUACAAACCAACGUGUUUUCGCUGAUUUGAAAAUUUUCCAUCGUUUGAUUCUAGUACUGAUAAAUCCAUUAUUUCAUUGUACAGUUUUAGACUUCACCCCUGACGACGCCGCUGAUUGCCGGACGUUCAUCAGAAGCCAGCGUGGGGCUCCUCUGUUGGCCCUUGACAAUUUCAUCUACCGGUGUGAACGGGUUCGAAAAACGCGCUCCUAUUGGUUGUGCAUCCGUUACAAGAGCUCCAAGUGCAAUGGUCGCGUGAUAUGCCAAGGCAAUAAGAUUCUUAAACUGACAAAUCACUGCCACGCGAACGACGAGCAGCGCAUCAACUCGUCAAUUCUCGAGGAAACGGAUCUGUCCAGCAUCAAUCUGGAAGCGUGGUACAAGCAGACCAUGAUGCACAAGAAGCAUGAGUCGAAGCGAAAAUAAAAAUUAUACAUUCUAGUACUUCAAUACCUACAUCGCUGAUUAUGAUUGAUAUGUCCCAAACCCAUGCCAUCUAUUCUUCUACUUCGUUUAUGAAACUAAUGAAAACUUUUCUCGUUGUAGCUUACAUAACGACUACUACCACCACAUCUAGUACUACACUAGUCGAAAGCCAGAGCGGAGUGCAGAGUGUCUACUAUCGGAACGAUUUGCGGGACCAGUUGUAUCCGGAAGCCGUGCAAUACAUCCGAAGCCGCCGUGGGCACCCGCUGCUAGUGUUCCGAGGGUACAAAUUUCGCCGGAAUGGCGGCUGCAAGGAGAAGGGCUACUGGCGGUGUGCUUCGUUUUGCAAGUGCCCUGGAAGGGUUACUACCGUCGAUGGGACCAUCGUCAAGUACCACGUACACAAUCAUGAACCGCCUUUCAAAGAAUCCGCCGAGUUGUUCUAGGAUUGGUGGAGGCACAAUUUCGAUUAAAUGUAUCAUAAUGAAUGAUUAUGAUGAACAAACAUAAUAAAUCUCCUUUAGAAUAUUUUAUAGACCAUGAUAAUUUUGAUAUUAGAGCAGAAGUUAGAAUCAGUUGAGUAAAUUGCGUCUUCUGUUCCUAUUUAUAGAAUGGGAUCAUCAAGGUUUCCGGGCGCUGGAGAAACAGGUAUUCCUUGCCCACGACAUUGCCAACAGUUGGAUGGCCAGCGAGCAAAUCAGUUACUGCCAGAGCCAACGUGGAAGGCCUUUGCUUAUAUUUCUGGGCUACCGGUUCCGUCGAGAGAUGGUGAAGCAAUACAAAACCUACUGGAGAUGUCUGGUGGACAAAUGUCCCGGGCGGAUGAUAACAAUGCUUCCAGGGGAUACGGUAAUGCGUUAUCGGAUACAUAAUCAUCCGUCCAGUUUCUAGAAAACGAUCAAAUAAAUUCUGUUUAUUCAAAAUUAUACAAAUGUUGAUGUUUCAUUACAAUUUUGAGUGUGGUACUAGAAUACGAUCACAAUCAACUUAUACAAUCUCUUUUGAUUUUCUUCAAGCUGCUGGAUUGGAUUUCAUUUUCAGUCAACGAGGACAUCCUCUGCUGGUUGUUGAUAGCUUCCUUUAUCGAAAAAAUCGAGGGCAUUACUGGCGCUGUAUUCGGUGAGCUAGUACUAUAUUUUGACAAACAUUUUCGUUGAUCCUUGAAUAAAAUGUUAACAUUUUAUAGAUGUACCAAGUUCAAGUGUCGCAGUCGACUGAUUGUGAAGCCUGGUCAGAAACCUGCUCGUAUUGAAGAUCACUCGCAUGGGCCGGAAACGGAGAAGAUUAGUUGGGGCCGGACGGUGAUGGAGAACGUGAAAUCUCAUGAGCAGGGGGAUAUCGUUUUUAGAAUGCGACAACCGCACUGCAAAGUAGAUUAUUUGAUAAAUCCAGUUAAGGAAUAAAUCUCUGCCAGCCAUUCUAGUACUUCAAAUCUUUUACUUGAUCGUUUGAAACUAGUACUUUUUAUCUGCAGUGUUUUUACAGGAAGCUCUUUUAUCGUUUCAGUUACUGCGAUUCCGUACUGUCCUCCUGCGUUGGGCGAUCGCAAUCCGGUUCCAAAGGUGUGGUACUCCUUUCCACUGUGCUACGUGAUCAAUCGACGCGGAACAAUGAACCUGCAUUUCCGAGGGUAUAUCUACAUCCAAAAAAAGCGGCACAACCGCACAAUGAACUGGAUCUGUAACAAGAGUAAUACGACACAAUCGAGCUGUAAAUCGAGAAUAUCCACCGAGGGCAAUAACAAGAUCCGCUUUGGGGUCCACUGGCACAAUCAUGGGCCAGUGGAUAUAAAUGAACUAUUGUGAAAUAAAUAAAAUUGAUUGAAUGAGCCUUUUUUUUUCUAACAAGCAGGAUUACAGUUAACCUAUUCAUUGCUAGAAAGGAUUCCCACUGUGUUCAUUACCAAUUUUGUCACUUUUCAGAAUCUUCUAAUCUAGUAAUGCCCGGAAUAUACGCUGGUAUUUGGUACAAGGAGGAACUGGAUUUCAUCGAGAAUCGUCGUGGCGGGUUCAGUUUGAGGCACAAGGGAUAUCACUUCAUCACGGAACGUCGCUACAAUAGUACGGUGAAUUGGGUGUGCAAUAAAAGCAGUAGCUCGGCAAGCCGUUGUCCGGCACGGUGUGUUACUCAGGGUCACCAAAUGAUCAAGUUCAGCAAGCGAAAGCACAACCACGAUGCGGUGUACAAAGUUAAAGAAAUGUAGUUUCAAUAAACAUCGAAUCAUAGGAGAUGUGUUUUUGUGUAGUACUAGAAUGGUAGAAUAAUUUAGACAUGAGUUCUCAUACACUUCGCUUCGGCGUAUAAUUUCAGAUCGAGUUCGAGGAUUCCUGUACGACGAGCAGUACGAACUGGUUUGUAAUCGAAAGGGCGGCCUCAACCUGUGCUAUCGAGGAUACCUUUAUCGGAAAAAGACCCAGUUCGCCAGUACGUUGAACUGGGUUUGUGCCAAUCCCAAUUACAAUAGGUUCGCCGGUUAUGGAAGCGCGAAUGGGGGCUUGUGCGCAGCUCGAUGCAUUACAAACAAUAGCGGAGGGUUAAAACUGAGUAAAAAAGGCCAUAAUCACCCACCGAUGUUGCAAUACGACGAAGGGACUUCGGUAAAACUUUGCAUCGAAACGCUCGAAAAUACACAAUACAAUAGCGAUUAAAGCAUCGCACAUGAAUGUUUCUAUUCUAGUUCUUUAUUUUGUAGCAAAUUUUGUUACAGUAGUCAAAAGCUGUUUUAUUCAAUUGAUUUUUAAUGUUUUCCUUUAAAAUUUAUUUCAGCAAAUUUCGACCAACUUAAAACUGGAAUUUGGCUGAAGAAGCCCUACGAGAUCGUACCGAACCAGAAAGGUGGAAAGAAUCUGAUGUUUUACGGCUUCGAAUAUCGAAAGGAGGCUUCUUUCAAGACAUCCAUCAAUUGGGUCUGUAAUCGUAACUCAGUUGGCCGCUGCAGGGCAAGGCUAAUUCAGAACACCGUCACCACCGAGAUUAAACUAGGACAACAUGACCAUAAUCAUCCUCCAAGGAGUAUCCGAACCACUAAUUGAUUGCCUGACCAAUAAAAAUGGAAUUGCAUUUUUCAGCGACGGUUGUUUCACUUGUCGAAAAAUUCUAGUACUUCAUUUACUGUUCGAAUUUCUUAAAUACUGAUGCCUUCCUCAUUUAUUAUAUAUUUCUACAAAAUUUAGCAACUGAUUCUGAAAACAUAGCCAUCUUUACGAGAACAAUGCGUGGCAAGGAGCAACUACUCUACCUUGGACAGCCGUUUGUUUUUGAGAAACUGGUGGUGAUCCAGAACUCCACCGCGAAGAAAAUUUGGCGCUGCAAUCAGUGGUGGAAUCAAAAGUGUCGUGCCCGAGUGUAUACUAUUGGAAAUGCGAUAACACCUCUGAAUCGCUAUCACACCCACUCCGACAUAAUCAAACGGAAGCGGCGAGUUACGAAGAAAAAAGCGACUAUAGUUAUCACAACUGGUCCCCCUAGAGAUCACACCAAUAAGUCGGUUCAGGAACAAUAUACCGAGUUUGUAGUUGAUUGCAUACCGGAGGGUUCUGAAAGUGACGAACAGAAAAAAGGGGAAAUGACCGAUUACUAAUAUUAGAGAAAUACAUCUUUAUUUACGAAUACAAGUUCAAGCGUUGAUCAGCUUUCUCAGUUUUUAGUAAGCAGUUCAACCAAAAGCUUUCAAUAACAUAUUGUUCAAUAUUAGUUCCAGGAUCGAUGAAACCUUUACCGCUUAAAUCACAAUGCAUUUCAUUCACGGUACAAACGCGUCCGCCGAGUCCAAAAGUCAAGCCGCCACCGGAACAGUGGAAGAAGGCAGGGCGUCCGGCAGCUGAGGCGCCGUCUACUAUGGUUCCACUGCACAGCGGCAGCGCCGUCUUUAUCUCAACGAUAGAUCUCGUAAACAUCUACACUCCGAAGGUGGCACUCUAUACGGCACGGUUGAUUGACGUCAUUUUCGGACGGCAAACACUGCUAAAGGCCUGUGUGACUCGGACGAAGAAUUCCGGCGACUUGGUCCCGCUAGAUGAGGACAAACUGAAAUCAGUUAUAGUACAUGUGGUGCAUGUUUUCAAGAAACAACACGUCGAAAUUUCCGAAUCACUCGUGCUGGGCUACAUCCGGAACCGCCUCUGUUACCUUCAGAGUUCAAAGAAGUACUAGAAUCCGUUUGCCAUAACCUAUUAUGAAAAGAUAAAGUGGAUUAAAUGCGUUAUUUUCAUAUCUAAAUGGAUUUCCGUUUUGAGCUGUCUUCUAGUGGAGCUCGCCAGCUGGUAUGGAAGGGCUACGUUUACCACAAGAAUACGUCGACCGGUAGGUGCACCUAUUGGCGCUGUGCACACGCUGCUCGACUGAAAUGCAAGGCGACCGUGGUGAUGGAGUAUGGCGUGAUGGUGCGGGUCAAGAAUCCCUAUCACAAUCAUCUUCCAAUGAAGCGACUGGUGUACGGCAUGGGAAAAAAUCAGAAAAGAAACCUGAAAAACCAGAAUCUUUUCAACAGCUAUAGGAGGGUUGAAUAAAGACUAUGAUGGAAUAAAGCUGCAUAGUUUACCGUUGAUAGAUUUUCCCUGAAUGUCGACGCUGAAGGUGCUCACAAUGAUAUCUAAAUCUCGUUCUUUCCUCACAGCCAUCUUCGUUGCUGUCAGUACUAAACAACAGUUGCUUAAACUACGCAACAAGAUUUAUCUGAAAACAAAGGGACGAGCUUACCGGAGCUUCUUCUCUUGCAUAGAGUACAAUUGUCCCGGCCAGGUCAUGUUUCACGAGUUGAAAGGAGGCCAACUCAAAAUUAUGGCCGAACAUAACGACGAUUGCACGUGCGACUACUAUAAGGAUCGUCCGGAGGAACACUUGGGCCAGCUUAGCAAAGCCGAACUGACGAGACUGGAAGAAACGUUGAUGAGCAAAGACUUCGAUGAUACCUGGGCGGAAAUAUAAGUGCAGUGUAGCUUUUAUUUAUUUUUUAAUUUUUAAAUGUAGCGUGAAAAAUCAGGGAGUUCAUCUUUUGUCUGCGGAGCAUCCUAUCGUAGCUUUCCGGUGAAAGUACAUUUAAAAAAAAAGAGAACCAUUGUUUUGAACCAAACAUGUGUUCUUUUUAUUUUUGGCUCCCUCGUUCUUAUUUCUCCCAUACAUGCUCAUUCGAAUAAUCUUGUACUGCGCACGCAUAAUCACAGACUGUUAUUGCAGAUCAUCGGCAUGUCAAACUGAAAGUAAAUGAUUUGUUCUUACUCAAAACCCAUGACAAAAUUAAUCUAGUACUGCACAUUGUAACAGACACAAAUACAACCUGAAAAGAUUCGUCCCCCAUUAAUAAAAGCUAUGAAAUCAAACAAAACGUCUGCUAAUCUAGUACUGCACGUUUUCCUAUCUUCCGCUACUGAUCACUAGUUUACAUUUCUCUGCAGCCACGGAACUGGACUCAAAACAACCGCUGAUGGUCCUUAGUAGAGCCGGCACGUUGCAGCUUCGUUACCAAGGUCACACCUUUAACAAACAUGUAACUCGUGGCGAAAAAGUCUACUGGAGAUGCAGUCAGUACCUGGUGUACCGGUGCAAAGUGCGCAUUCAGACCAUGUUGGAUGAGUUCUCCAUCAGCAAGAAUGACCAUAAUCAUCCAGUAGUAGUGCGGCCUCGCGCGUACGGAUCGCUGAAGCUGUUGAAGCAACGGUUGGGCAACAUUAGAUCGUGAUACUAAAUAAAUAUGACAAAAGAUCUACAAUUUAAUGGUUUAUGAUACCGAAAUUCUCUCGCAUUUUUGUAUUGUAACAGUGCACUCAGCCGAUCAUCUCAUUUUUGUCUUCUAAUCGAGUGAUUCUAAUUUUAGCUGCAACGUCAUUCGCCCUACCAAUCAACCAAUCAGAGUUUGAGCUCCGAAGAUCAACACAACGUGGCACUCACUUGCUGAUGGUCAAUGGAGUGAAGUUCUUUCGCAAUCGCCAGCGAAACGAUAAGCAUUACUGGAAGUGUCAUCAGUACUAUAAAUGCAAGUGUCCUUGUACGGUCGUCAUCAAUGAGACCACGUCCAAUAUCACUGUAAAGUACAGACACAAUCACGACGAAAGUUUGACGUCAUUUGAUUCUAGUACUACAGCAGCUCGAGUUUAUCCAAAUAAGCGCAUCAAAUAAACAUUUUUGCAAGAUAACAUGUGUUUUGUCUUGAUAAUAUUUCGCCUUUUGGUCCUUACCAUUUCUAACCGUCAAACCUAUUACCUUUCAGAAAUCUACUUCACGAAAUCGAGCCGAGGCCGUCCGGCAAUCAUUAUCGAUGGCGUCAAGUAUCUGUUCAUGUCGGAGAAUCACAAGCGAGUAGUUUGGCGGUGUUCGUCAAUGGCCACCAGCAAGCUCAAAUGUCCAGCCCGGAUAUUGCAGUACAAGAACCCCGAGCGCUUUGUCAUUCACCGAGAAAAGCAUAUCCAUGCGCCUCUGAAGCGUCACAAGGUGGCUUUCAUCGCUCAAGAAAUGUUCACAGUUUUGGAUUGAGAAGUACGUGUCGAUAUCACAGCAUGUCGUUUGGAAAUAAAUUUUAUAGUUUCAUCCCUGUGCGUUUGCUUCGACCGUUCUAGUACUUCGUUUUGGAAAAAUUUAAAUAUUCACGCUUUACUUACAGUUUUGCAACUUUCUUUGUAGAGUACAAGCACCAUCUGUCCGUGACGAGCAGUAAUGGCCAGGUGCUUACCUAUCGCAGCAGCCAGAAAGGUCGGCUACAGCUGUCGUGCGAUGGAUUCUACUACGUCAAGGAGAAAACCGUGAAGCAGAAGGAGUACUGGCGCUGCAUCUAUUACACCACGAAGAUCAAAUGUCAUGGGCGAUUACACACCUUGAACGGGGAAAUUCACCACAGUACGCCCCACAAUCACGUGGCCGGAGUGUUCAAACGAUCCGACUACAAUCGUCUUUCGGAAAUUAUGAUAAAUACGGAAUCGGGUAUUGCCGGGCAGCCGUCGACACAAUCUAUCUGUAUAGAAAGUGUAACUAAAGUCGAACGAUACUGAAAAUAAAUCUUAAAGUUUAGUUAUAAAUAUUUGUGUUGGCUUCGGAGUUGGUCGUAGAGCGCUACUGAAGGCGAACCAAAUCGAAACCAAUUAGUACUGACUUAUUUGUUUGGUUCGCCCUAUUUUUAGGAUCCACCACAAUGACGGUGAUGGACACGUUGGACGUACCGGCUAUCGAGUUCAGCAGAACGCAGCGAGGUCGCACCAUGCUGAUCUACGACGGGUACAAAUACGUGGAAAAUCGUCAGAGCAACAAGAACGUAUUCUGGCGCUGCUCAAAAUACGUCAAGUAUGCCUGCCGGGCGACCUGUGUGACGUCCAAAAGCCCUAGUGAAUGCCCUAUUCGGCUGGCUGUAACAAACCAGUUCGUGACAGCAAAGUUUGGAUACACUCAACGGGGACACGUGAUGCUAAUGUACAACGGGUACGGAUUUAUCAAAGACCGCCAAACGGCGAAGACCUGCAACUGGAAGUGUUCGCUGUUCCGAAGGAUGAAAUGUCGUGGGCGAGCCAUUACCAAAAUCGCCGACGGUAAGCACAUGAUGAGGGUUACCCAUGAGAAACACACGCACAGUCGGGAUGAGUAUCGAAAAGAGAUGUAAGGCACGUAAUCAUUAAAAAUGCAAGAAGCUGGAGUCGGAGGACAAACCCGAAUCAAUGACAAAGUAAUACUAGCGAGGCGGAUAUUAGUAGCAGAAUGCAAGUUCUCAAAUACCAAAAGAUCCCCCGAGCUUUAGGGCAGCUCAGUUCGGUUACACUCAACGUGGAAAGAUGAUGCUCCUGUACGAUGGUUUCGCCUACAUCAAAGAUCGUGAUGCCCGGAACAGCUGCAACUGGAAGUGUUCGCUGGCCGGAAAGCGAAAAUGUCGCGCCAGAGCCGUUACCAAGAUGGCCAUUGGACGCCAAAUGAUGAAAAUUACCAACCCCAAUCACAACCACGACCGAAAAGCGUAUCGAUUCGAUACGGUGAAUUUGUUUUCCGACAAGAAAUAAAAUUAUUAUUUGUGCAUUGUACUGCUUAGUGUUUCUAUCGAUAACUAUACUGCGGUAGACAUCUCUAUGUGACUUUUGGAGCUAACUGCAUUCUUCAUCAUUUUAGAACUAUUCGCUAAUGCAUACUUUGGAAAAACUCGACGCGGCCACCAAAUGCUUCUGCAUGAAAAUUACAGCUACGUGCGGGAAAAGCAGAAGCAAAGUACAACCAACUGGAAGUGCUCCUGGCAUGUCAAAUUUCGUUGUAAGGCGCGAGCAGUGACGAAAGAAAUCGAGGGUCAGCAUUUUGUUCGAAUAACCUGCGGUUUCCACACUCAUCCUCCGGCAACUGGCUCCAAGUCUAGUGAUGCGUCGAAACACUACCACGAGAACUAUUAGACAGUGGAAAAUGGUACCAUGAUGACAUGCAUGGCUUCUCGCAACGGGCUCACUAUGAGUUCACGUCCAGAGGAACGCAAUGUCUAGUAUACGAUGGCUAUUUCUACAGCAAAAACAAAACAAAUGAGGGUGGCGUCCGGGUCAACUGGAAGUGCCGUUACUACCAACGGUUCAAGUGCAAAGCACGAGCACUCACUAAAACAAUCAACGGCUGUGACUAUGUGAAGGUCUCCAGUACGGAGCACACCCACAUGCAAGAGAUGUACUGUAAAGACCUGCGACGGAAGCGGCGUAGAGCUAUACAAACAGGAUCGUUAGACUAUCAAUUCCUGGGCUGAAGAUCUGUGCGACCUAUAAUAAAAAUAUCUUUGUGGAAAACAUAUUCUUUGAUGACUCUGAUUGCUUGCUCGUUUUAGCUAAGCUAGAUGGGACAGAUUAUUUUUAUGCUGAUUUAUUUGGCUGUUUUUAGGAGGGGCCGACAAAACAGCGGAUCUGGAAAUGGCACAGUUUGGAUCAACCCAGCGGGGGCGACCCCUUCUAGUACAUCAAGACUACACGUACAUCCGCAAUGGAGAGUUUGGCGGCACAAUAAAUUGGCGCUGUUCGGCCUACCGACGACUGAAAUGCAAAGCCAAAGCCAUAACGGUCAAGCACAAUGGCGUGGAGUUCGUAAAACUAUCCUAUGCCUUACACAGCCAUGGCCCCAAGACUGGAAGCGAUCAGCAGUGGAAGCAUGAGUCGGAAACGGUUGAUUUCCUGCGCUGUGAAGAGGAUGAAGAAGCCAUGAUAAAGUGUUUCUUAGAAAAUUGAGACACGUUGAAUAAAAACGACAAACUUAGAUGUAUUUUCUAUGCAUUUAUUUUCCAUUCUAGUACUACACCUGAGUGUUUGUUGUCAUUCACAUUAUAUCAUUUUAUCUCCUAUACAGGUAACAUUAUUUAUGUGCUGUCGAAACGAGGCACUAAGCAUCUGUUCUUCGAUGGCAACACGUACACACCGAAUGAGAGACCUUAUCCCGGGCAGCGUUCUAGGACGUGGAAGUGUACGUUGUACUACCGAUUGAAAUGCCGAGCCCGUAUCGUUACCAGUGAAGCCAACGGGCUACCCAAGUUGCGUGUGGUAGUAGCCGAACAUACCCACGAAAAGCUGUUUCCCCAUUUGAGCGAGAAAUUUCGAAGCCUGUUCUAGAUCAACGAAGACACAUACCCAAAUCUAGUCCAUCACCGAUUGAUCUCUAUUUUACUCUAGUCUUAUUAAAUCUAAUCGAUUGAGAAAUAAAUGUUCGUGUGCUUAGAUAAUCUGAGUGUUUGGAAGGUUUCAGCUCGUAAUUUUUUUUGUCAUGUUUGGCCAGAAGAAUCUAAUCAUUACUGUUUCUCAUUUACUUCUAGACCCGUACGACUGGGGUCCGCUUAGUGCGAUUCGAUUCGUUCACUAUCCGAUUAAAAGCAAAGUGAUAACGGCAGGUUAACCAGGCCACCUAUUGGGUGUGCGAUCGUACAAAGCAAAGCAAUUGCCGAGCUCGGAUCACAGUUUUCGAAGAUCAAAGAGUGUACAAAGUGACAAACUCAUAUCACACACAUAACCCAAUGUAUACAAAGCUUUGUUUCUAAUAAAUUCGAGUAAUUCAUCAUCCCGUUCUACUAUUUCAUCCUUUCUAUUGAUUACUUUUUAUUAUUAGUGUUGAUAACUUAUCUAUCUUCUAGAAAUCGAUUACAUUCCGCCGACUUCGUUGGUUGCCACCAUCAGACCCGACAUCAGUGUAGUACCAGAACAGUAUUUGGUGAAACUAGAACAAGAGAUUCACAUUUCCACCGUGGUUGGUCAACGAGGCAACACAAAGUUGCUGAUCGAAGGAUACACGUACAUUGUCAACAAGAGAAGUAACGGAAAAUGCUAUUGGGGUUGUGCUAAAGCUGUACCCUUCCGUUGUCGCGCCCGACUGAUAACAGAUGACAUCAAUUUCUACGAUGUGACGUUCAAAAAUCUAGUACACAAUCAUCGUCCAGGCGAAACGAAACGACGAUAAAAACUAACAUCAGAUUUCUGGAUAUGAAAUAAAGCCAAAUUCUUGAACACUAACAGUUUUCUAUGUUUUGUGAAGUACUAGAUUGAUUUGUCGAACUUUUUUUGCUAUCAUCUAAUUCGUUUUUAAAUCUACUUUCAGUGAAGAAAGCACGCCUGUCGGGAGUGCUGAAUCUUGCUGCAUGGACAUUUACACCCGGACAACGAGGUAAACCCAAGCUGGUGAUCGAAAACAAUUCCUUCUUCCGCACCAAAGGGGACACCCAGCGAUCGUACUGGUCCUGUUCGGCGUACAAAUCCAAGAAGUGCAAAUGCAAAGUAGUAACCCAUCGGAAUAGUUUGGUCGUAAAGUACACUCACAAGAGUCAUACGCAUCCGAACGAGUACAACGAUCUGUCCAAGAUUAAUCUGAUCGAUGUGGACAUCAACGAAUUUUACGAUAAACCGGUCGGCGGUGCCGCCUUUGAAGUGAAGAAAGAACCAUCCCUUUAAAUGUUGUUCUAUAGGAUUCCGAAUAAAGUGUCUGUUUUGUAACAUAAGCUAGAUCGGUAACCACAAGUAGUUCUUGAGUUUAAAACAAAAAUAGAAUAACUCUAUUUUCCUAUGAAAUUGUAAAAGUUUCCCCUUUAUUCGUUUAUAGGUAAAUCAAGAUUUUAAGGAAUUAUAACCAAGUGACCGUGUACGCCCAUGAUGGUUUUGGACGGAUACAAUCAAUUUAAAAUACAAUCUUGCCUUUUCCAAAUAUCAGUGCUGAGAGGUUAUCCCUCUACUAACAAUUGCAUACUCAUUUUUUUUAGAAAAGAAUAACUACGGAGCGACGUGGAGCGGACCGGGUGUGAUGGUUAGAACACAUGACUAUCACGCCGAGGACCUGGGAUCGAAUCCCACUCCCGACAAAACUCACAAAAUGUGGGUUCUUCCUUCGGAAGGGAAGUAAAGCGUGGGUCCCGAGAUGAACUAGCCUAAGGCUAAAAAUCUCGUUAAUACAGAUAAAAAAAACUACGGAGCCCAGUUUGAAUUCGAGGGCAGAGAUUAGAUGUGAGAUGUGAACUCCAUACAAAAAUAAAUAUCAUCGUCUUAUUUUUGCAUGAUUCGUCGAGAAAUGGUGAGUCUUUUUUUACGCGGUUUUUUUGAAUUUUGAACUGAGUUUUUUUACGCGGUACGUAUCUCCCGCGUAAAAAAAAACCUGACUGUACGGUUUCCCCAAGCUGCGCCUGGAUGGGUACAUUUACUUGCGCAAUGUCAAAAAGAGCGGAAAAGUCUACUGGGUGUGCGAGCGAGCAAGGAAGACCAAAUGCAAGGCACAAGCUAUAAUCUAUCGAGGAAAAAUACGUAUCAUAAUCAACGAGUUCGACCACAAUCACCGACUGGGGAAAAUGUAAAUAUACGUUGACUUUGCAUAAAAAAAGGCAAAAAGUACAUUAUCUCAUGAUGAUGCCCUUAUCCCCCCCCUGUGCGGCAUUCAUAGUGAACAGCUGUAUGGUACGAAUGCAGAACACAAGCAAUAAGCGUUAAAAUUUCGGUUCAUUUCUAAUGAUAAAUCAGGUUCAAAGACCAUUGUCAUAAAAUUGAUGUCAUGCAUGAUAAACAUCGAUUAUCUCCUAUUGAUUCAGUCGUGGCUAUACACAAUGAAUAUCAUUGCAUUCAUCGUGAACACCAGUAUAGCGCGAAAGUAAAACACUAACAAUGUCCGCUAAACAUCCCAUUCAUCAAUUUCAGAUAAUACGAUUUGUGUUCCGUUUGAUAAUUCGGACGUAGCAUUCACCAUCAGUAGGCAGGGAAAACCGAAAAUGAUCUUCAGUGGCCACACUUACCUACGGAACAGCAGCAACGCCCAGAAGACCUACUGGAUAUGUGCUGCGGCACGGGAACGGAAGUGUCGAUCCCGUGCCAUUACAACCAAAGGCUUGCGCCACGUAACUAUAAGAGAAACGGCGCAUAAUCACUGACUUUGUGAACUAUGGCAAUAUCAAUAAAUAUAAUAGAUAAAAGUUGUUAGUUUUGAUUUUAUCAACUUUUGCAUUCGAAUAUCUGUAUGGAUUGCCAAACUAAUUGCCUUCGGUGUUUGUUUCAGAUCCAUCGCGAAAGUACAAGGAGCUGGUAUUUGUUAGCGGUUUAAGGGGAACACCGAAGCUAAUCGUGGAUGGGUAUUCGUUCAUUCGCAACAAAGGAAAUUUCCGGACCACAUAUUGGCGCUGUUCGAAGCUUCGUACGAUGGGUUGCAAGGCCAAAGUAAUAACCUCUCAGUUGGACAACAAGGUGUCCGUUACCGAUCCCGUUCAUUGUCAUAUGCCCGACUAUCGACAAUAUAUCUGAAAUUAUUUGUUCAAUAAACAGAAAAGAAAAGCAAGAUGAUGAUGAAACUGCCUUAUUAGGUUGUCAGGUGCAGUACUAGAUCACGAAUCUCACAGCUUAAUUUUCAUUUUUCUCGUCUAGACUAUUGGGUGGAGCUCCUGGCGGAUAAACCGGCGGUAAAUUUCACUUACGUCACCGGUCAGCGUGGAAAACCGAAAAUAUUGUUUGACAAUCAUACCUACAUUUGCUCGAAACAUCUGAAAAAUCGCAAAUACUGGACUUGUGGCAAACAACGCUCGCAAGCGUGCCGGGCACGUCUUAUCACCGAUUCGGACAACACGAUGCUGCUUGCACGCCAGCUUGAGCACACCCAUCCUCCCGAUAUGGACAUUAUCACAAAAUCUAUGUUGUACAGCCAGAAAUAAAUCGACGCGUGGUUUAAAGUUGAAACAUCUAGUACUUCGUGUCUAGUUUAUUUUACUUCAAUUUGUUUUCAAAUUCUUGUACCAUUCGCUAACAAUUCCAUUGUCUUUUUCAGAUAUUAAUUCGCUCAUCGAGUUCGAGUUUAUGACUACUCCCUCUCCCACGCCGCUCAAAUCCCCUUCUCCUUCGACUCAAAUCGCUAGUCGACCAAACAGAUCUAGGCGCCAGCGUAAAGCCGAAUCAAUCGUAUUGGACGAUCAACCUUUGGUGCUGUUCACAUCACAACGGGGGAAGCACCUUCUAGUGUUGGACAACUAUACUUUCUCCAGGAACAACACCGUUGGAGAAACGACAUACUGGGCGUGCCGAGUGGUUACCGAUCACGUCAAGUGCAAAGCCCGAGCUAGUACUACCCGCAAGGUUAAUGGCCUUUUUCGAGUUAUGCUUGGUAAUGCGACACAUACCCACCUGCCAAAAAUGUCACGCAAGGUCCUACUCGAAUGCGGUGUCGAGCCCAAUGUGUUUUAUUUGAAGAGUUGAAUAAAUAAUGCAAACUCAGAUGACAUCGACUGGUGUCAGGAAUAUUCGGAAGCCGAAUGCAAGGAGAGCACGUAAAUCAAAACCGGAUAAUAUCGACAUACCAGAAAUAUUGAAGGGACCUUCGGAGAAAAUGAUUUUGCAAACAUGCAUCGUCGGUGGAAUGAAAGUCUUAUAUCAGAACAACUACUUCGAGUAUCAUUAUUCCAAAAGUGGAGUGAAACUCUACCGGUGCGCUGCUUUUGCAGAUUUACAAUGUGAAGCUCGAGUCCUGGUGCAGAACGGGCUAGUUUAUUCGAUUAACGGAGACCAUUGUCAUUUGAAUGCUGAACAAUAAACGAAAACUGCCUUUUUAUUAAUCAAACUACCAAUCAGUAUGGAGUACUAUAUUUGAUAGUUCUCAACGUUCUAUUUGAUUUUUUUGUGAAUAUUUCCAGGCGAUCUAUUACGAUCAAUGGAAGACUACAGUCAAAUUCAAACUCAAUAUGAAAUGCCACAUCCGGAGAUGGCUGGAGUAUCUAUACUGUAUCAGCGUGAGCCAGUCGAAAAAGCUGGCGACAAAAAACUCAAUAUUUACACGACAUCAUCACUCAUACUGAAUAAACUACCACUCGGAUCAGGAUCGCAUGCCAAAUCGCUUCCAAGGACAAUCUCGAAACCUAAGUCCCACAAGACGUUGAAUGUACAGCAAAUCACUGCUACCGGGACGCCUUAUGAUUUGAUAAACGUUCCUACCAAGAAGGGUGGUGUCGGGGUUCAGCACGAUGGACACCACUUUGAGUACCAUUUUACUCGCAGUGGACAUAAGAUUUACCGGUGUACGUGGCACUUGAAGGAACGGUGUCCAUCGCAAUUGUUGGUGUUCAACAGAAAGACCUAUGUCAUUUCUGAUGACCACUCGCAUACAGAACUGGCCCGGAUGAGUGAUGACAUUUUGGCUAAGACAGUUAGUCUGUUAGUAUAGUCUUCAAAACUCCACGUAUUUUAUGUGCGUUUUUCCAAAUAAAGCAUAUUUUUCAUUCACAUUUAAAUUUUCAUCUAAUUUUGUAGUACUAGUUUUGACAGUUUUCGCCAUGGCAUUCAUAUAACAUCAAAGUUCUCUUUCGCUAUAGUACCUAUCAGCAGUGCGCAAUUUGUGAUGAGUACCAAGGGAUCACCACAGCUCUGCAUCGACGGAUUUCCAUUCACACGACACAUCGUGAAGGAGGACACGAUCUACUGGAGAUGUAUACAAUUCCGUGCAUUGCGAUGUCCCGCAUGGCACCGUCAGCGACGUUCGACCGGAGCGUUGGAAGUUUUUUGGGCAAAGCACAAUCAUGGCAUUCUGGAGCGAAGGAAACGUGGCACAUUGCGAGACAUUCUACUACAGCGCAAACGGAUGAACCAGAAAUCCGCUCCAUCUGAAGUGAAACCACAACCGACUACUAGCGCUGAAAAUGACAAGCCAAUUCCGGAAGAAACAUACGCUGCGGAAUAUCUGCUAGCAGAGCUAGAGGAUUUCGUUUUAAAAAAUAUGUGGCAUUCUAGUACUUCGUCAAGUGUGCGAGAACACUGUUACUGUUAUUGUUCGCGAUAUAUUUAUCAUUGCCCGUUCACCGUUGUUUCUGGACAUUGUUGACUGUGCUUAAUAAACGCACUUCACUUGUUUUGCACUAGUACUUCGUCAAGUUGUAGAGCAUUUAUCGGUAUCUCCGCCGACGCAUAGCGAGCUAAAAACCAAUAAAUUUUUAUUUACGCAUAUUUUGUUUUAUUCUAGUACUCCAUCGUACUCCAGAUGGUAUUGAAGGUAGAAUUCCUGUUUAUUUAUAAUUAUUUAUCCACUGCAGAUCACGAAGCCGUUAUCCAUUACACCAUGAGCCGAAAAGGGACGGCCCAGCUGGAGAUCGAUGGGUACCGCUACACGAGACAGAAAAUUUGCAAAACCACAAUUCGAUGGGAGUGCCUUCAGACGAAAGCGUUGGCUUGCAAGGCACGAGCCACCACCAGUAACACCCCGAAGGGACUUGUGCAGUACUACAACAACACACACAACCAUCCACCGCACAUGGAACGACGGAAGGCUGGCGAACUGCACAAAUUGAAACAACAUACGGCGGAGAGGCUGAAGCUUUUACAACCCGAUCUUUCGGAGAUCCAUUACAAUGUUUAGAUAGUAAUAUACAAAAUUUGACAAUCUAUUACAUAAAGAUAACGUUGACGACAACACAUAUCUGAUACUCUGUUAAUAUAUCAUUUGCAUCGGUGAUCGAAAGACAUUUGGCGAAAUGACAAACUGCCGAACAAAUAAAAGGGCGAAUUCCUAGAAAGAAUAGCCUUUGCUCAAAAAAGGAGGAUCACCUUGAUAUGUAUUUGGACAUUUGUCAUUUCGCCAUCCGUCUGGAGCCCUUUGUAGUGAACACUAUUAAUUGAAAUAUUCUAGUACUUAAACAUAUUUUCAUCGUUCAUAUUUUAACCAAUUUCGACGUUUUACAGAUAGCACCUACUCGAACAUUCAGUAUGUAAUGAGUUCGAGAGGAGCGCCCCAGCUGGAUAUCGAAGGGUUUCGCUUCACAAGAAAACAUAAAGGCAAACAGGCUAUCCAGUGGAUUUGCGUGCAAAACAAAGCCAUCCAGUGCAAAGCGCGAGCUACUACUACGUCGCGAGGGAUGAUGCGUCAGCUGAUCAACAUCCACCAAUCAUCCUCCUCAAAUGCAGCGACGGAAGGCGGGUGAGCUGCGUGAGCUGAAGCGACAAAUGGAAGAACGGACAAUGUUGUGGCACGAUUCCGCUACGUGAACAUAAAUCACUAUAAAAGUAUAUGUUGAGGUGGCUUUCUAGUGAAACGGGCAACACGGGACAAACACGAAGAUAGUUGAGGAGCACGUAGUUUAGUGAACAGCUGGAAGUAGAAUGCCUUUGUGAUGAUUUUCUGUUUGUACCGUGGGGUGCCCUAAUUUCGCGCGGGUUCAAAUUUCGCUCACUGAUAAGAUUUAGAGAGCAUAAUCAUAGAAAUAAUCGUUGCAUUGUCCAAAUUUUACUUUAGAUAGUAUAGUUAACGUAAAAUUGGGACAAUUGCACAUUUUUUUAUGAUUAUGAUGUCUAAAUAUGAUCAGUUAGCGAAAUUUGGACCCGCGCGAAAUUAGGGCACCCCACGGUAUAAAUCAAAAGUUAAUUGUGUUUCACAAAUGCAGUACUAGAUUCCUAUUUGAGUUCGUCGUACAUAUUUAUAAUCAAGUGAUUCAUUCUGCUCAAUUCACUUUUUGGCAAAUAUAUUGUAUUUGAAGCUUAUUUCACAUUUCCUAGUAUUCUAUUACCCUUGGAAAAUUUAGAAAUGAGUUUAGCAAUCGUAAAAAUGAAUCAACAAUGCAAAGUUCAAUUCUGGAGUUAUCUGAAACGCCUCUGAAUCGAAUCAGAAUGUUAAAUAACUGCGACGUAUACGACUAAUCGCUAAAUAAUUCCCAUGGUACAGUUAUUGGCUAUUUCGAAAACGGACCACUUCCACCCAUCCACUACCACACGACAAAAAGAGGAUCUCUUCAGCUGGAAAUCGAUGGCUAUCGAUUCACAAGAAUGAAAGUGCUGCAAACCACCAUUCACUGGUCUUGCUUGCAAACAAAGGCACUUCGCUGUAAGGCUCGAGCCGUAACCAAUAACGACCUGCAGGGUACUAUCCGAAGAUAUUAGUCGGUUCGAGGCAAACUACGUUUCCAGUAGAAAAGGAACUCCUCAGUUGAUGAUCGAUGGUCAUUGCUACAGCAGGCAAAGGGUUCGCUUACGAACUAUUCGAUGGCGUUGCGUGCAGUUUAAAGCUUUACACUGUAUGUCACGGGCGACAACCGAUCGUCAAAAAGGCGGUCAGAUCAUUUCAGUCGAUGGAGAACACAACCAUGAAGUCAUCAAAGAGCGGAGGAAGAAUGGCGAACUUCGAGAGCUGCUGGCCAGGCGACAUGCUGAACGAACCAGCACCUGUGUCAAUUUAAAAGUUGAAGAUAUAGACAGUUGAAUAAAUCAGUCUUUGUAUGCUAUAACAUUUUCGCUUUUUAUGCAGUACUAGAAUGUGGCAGUAAAAUAAUCUGUGAAGAUAAAUUGAACGUUCCAAUCUUCUAUACAGAUUGCUACACAUACGAAGAGCUGGAUGUGCACGCCAAACUGAGCAAGAGAGGCAAGGUUCAGCUGAUGAUCGACGGGUUUUCGUUUUCGCGUGAAAAGGUUCGUCCGCAUACCAUUCGAUGGAUUUGCAAUCAAGCAUGGGUUUUGAACUGCAAAGUUCGAGCCACUAGUGAGAAAAUAAGUGGAAAGCUAAUAUCGGUCCGAGGAGCGCACAACCAUGGCGUUGUCAGCAGUCGGCGAAAGUGGGGUCAAUGUAAAUUCAUCAAAGAACAAUGCGAGAGGGAUUCGGAGCAGUCAGUGGAACCUCCACGUAAAGGAGGAAGACCCAAAAAACAGCUGGAGCAAUGGCAACUAUAGACUGUGAAAGUACAACUUUUCGUACGUAAUGAGUCGUCGAGGUACGCUGCAGUUGCAGAUCAAUGGUCACAUAUUCACUAGAUCGCAGGUCCGCGAAAAAAUAAUAAUUUGGGUUUGCAGUCAAAGGAGAGCCCACCGUUGUAAAGCUCGAGCGACAACAAGCCGUAAAGAGGGAAGCGCUAUGAUUUCGCUGAGAGAGGAUCAUACUCACGAUGUUAUUACCGGACGGAACGUUCGUCGAAAAAAGAUUGUGCCGACUUCUGCAGUUAUUCUUUCCGCCACGGAAUCCGACUUGGAAUAUGAUGAAUACGAUUUGUUAUGAUAAAUAUAUAUAUUUGCAAAUCACACACAUAUUCUUUUCUCAAUUGUUAUUCUAGCUCUAAAAGACGAUUUGACAAAGUCUUAAUUUUAUGUGUUUCAGUUCCGAAGGACGUGGCCUACAUAAUGACGAGCCGAGGAAUACAACUAACGGUCAACGGGUACAUAUUUUCUCGUCAAAAAGUCUCCACGCACUGCGAAAUGUGGCGCUGCAUGCUUUCGUACUCUCAUAGGUGUCCAGCCCGGGCAAGCACGUACAAACCACGAAACGGUCAGGGUGCUCGAAUUUCUCUCCGAAACCAGCACAACCAUCCGAUCGGCGCGACCAGUCGCAAGUAUAAGAAACCAGCAGUAAAUAAAUCACCCAAGUUGUCAAAAGCUCUCAGCGUAAAUAAACCAAAGACCUCCACAGAGCAGUAGCAGUAUAGUUAACAUUAACAUUCGCAUCGCAAAUAUAAGAUUUAAAAAAAAUCAGUGUGAUCCUUUCCGUGUAGUACCAGAUCUAGCUUGGUGGUUAUGUUUUGAUGUUGAUUAACUACUUUUCAUUUCUAGAAAUCAGUGACAUAUCUUUCGUGGUGACCAGAAGGGGUCGAAUGCAGCUGUCUGUCAGUGGAUAUCUUUACACCAGAGAUAAAACACGAGGGGAUUCACAGUUUUGGGCGUGCAACCAUUCAAAAGUGUUGAACUGCAUUGCACGGGCCACUACACACAAGGUGCAAAAGAACGGCUCACCGAGAAUAACUCUACGAGGACAGCACAAUCAUGAAGUGGUCACAGAACGACGAAAAUCCGGAGCGCGUGCCCGUCUGAUCGAGAAAUGCCGGAAAGAACGUGGUCUUGUACCUUGAUGUCAGUAGGAAAAUGGUAAAUUUUGAUAAAUAUAAUGUAAAAUUUGCGUAAUUGAAUUAUGUUUAAAGAUGGAUCAACUUACGUCAUAAUAUAGUACUACCUUAAUAACAAAAACAUUUUGAAAUAUUGCAGAUAUUAUAUAGUUUUGUUCUUACCAAACAAGGGACACCCAGCUAUAGGAAAAUGGAUUUAUAUACAUGAGAGUCAAGGCUCUAGGAGCAAUGUUCCAAAGAGAAUGCCAAUAGGACAUAUCGGUGAAGUACUAGAUUUGUAGUAAUGAGCUGAAUUUUAGUAUGGUGAGAAGGUCAAUUCUCCGUUUCUGCAAUGAAAUGGUACAAAAAGCGUGGAUAUUAUGAUUCCUUGCCUAAUUUGAUGCUGUUUGAGCAAAACUUUAGACAACAGUGUUGUUGUUUUCUCCAUUUUCUGCAACAUAAACAACAUGGUUAUCCAAAAUUUUGCUCAAACAGCAUCAAAUUAGGCAAGGAAUCAUAAUACCCACGCUUUUUGUACCAUUUCAUUGCAAAAACGGAGAAUUGACCUUCUUACCAUACUAAAAUUCAGCUCAUUACUACAAAUCUAGUACUACACCGAAUGUGCCCCAUUCAAUCACAUGAUCAUCAACGAUCGACGCCAAGCCGGUCAACGAGCCAAACUUGUGGAGCAAUGUAUUCACGAAAAAUGCUUGAGGCGAUAGCGGUGACAUAUAUUCUAGUACUUUAUCGUUUCAAUGAUAUUAAUAAAUGCUGUUACAUUUUGAAUGCCUAAUGUGUUUUGCUCUAGUACUACAGUUAAAAUGCGUUGCAAUUCUCAUUACUGAAAAUUUUUUCCAUUAAUUCAGAUAUCUCAUUCGUCAUGAGCAAACGAGGUAAAACUCAACUUUGUGUCGAUGGAUUUCUCUACAUGCGCGUAAAGGCUAGCGACGAACUGCAGUACUGGUCGUGCAAUCAGUUCCGGGUGCUUGGCUGCACGGCUCGUGCCACAACUGGAAGGGGGAAAAGAGACGGCAAACCGAUCAUCAAGCUGCGCGGUUUUCAUAAUCACCGGAUUAUUAUGCAGCGUCGAAAACCUGGCGAAUGUGCUAAAUUGAAAGAGCAAUACGCUCGUGAACGAGACGGGCUACCAGAUAGGGUUAAACAUGGUGUACCAGAACAAACGAUGUCAUCAAUACCAGCGGUAUCACAACCGUCGCUUUUACCAAUGGCACAGUGCUUUUUGAAGCAAGAAAAAUAAAUGUGAAUUGAUGACGUAUCUUUUUCGGUAUUCUAUUACUUCGUCGCUUAUAUAUUGAGCUGAUAUAAUGCGAAGUACCGUGUCAUUUCGGGAGGUCUGUAGUAUGCAAUAGAUAUUAUUAUCAAUAAACUUAAAAACGUUGAGUUAUACUUAAGAUGUUGCGAUCAGGGUUUACAAGAAAAGUUAAUAAUCACACUGAAUCGCGUCGUGCCAUAAACGAUAAAUAUGCACAAGUUGUAACAACUUUGAAAAACUAUAAACCAUAAUAUGUAGAGUGAAACCUCAUAUUUUUGUUCUUAAUGGAAAAAAAUGACUGUUGUAGUGCUACAGAGAGAAAAAACAAUCACAUUAUUUUCGCUCAAAGCUAUUUCUAAAAAAUAUGCAACGUGUUUCGAAGAAUUUUCACCGAAUCGUACACGCAUUUGACAUUAUUACAAAUCUCGUUGCAGUUGUCUGUCCAGAGGAAAUUUCUUUUGUAUUGAAUUACCGAGGAACGCAGAACAUGGUGAUUCGGAACCACUUCUUCGUUCGCAACAAAAUUUCCCAACGGUAUCUUUUCUGGAACUGUGCCCAGAAGAAAGCUCUAGGCUGUCGCGUUCGAGCUACAAUGCCACGCCCACCCAACAAAGGACCUGUCAUAUGCCGAGGGGAACACAAUCAUGAAGUGGUUUCCGAACGACGAAAGCAUGGCGCUCUCAGAGAAUUACUGAACAAACGAAAGCUAGAUAAAGAGCAGUCGAAUACAAAGAGAUGUAGAAUAAAUAAAAAUUAAGUGAAAUUACUUAUCAUAUGUCUUUUUAGAUUUGAAUACUCAAAUUUUUCAUUCCGGAGAUUCAUUGUGUAUUGAUGUAUUACAGAUAACUGUAUCAGCGAUAAUGCAUCCGAUAUGGAUAUAUGCUACAUGGUGACAGCCCGUGGGACAACUCAGCUGGUUGUAGAAGGAUAUUCGUUUACCAAACUCAACGAGCGGGCUCAUAUGACGUUCUGGGCGUGCUGUCAAGCUAGACCCUUGAAUUGCAAAGCCCGGGCCACAACAUAUCGCGCUUCGAGGGAUGGAAAAAUCACGUUCAGAGGAGAGCAUAACCAUGGCAAAAUCCAUGAACGGCGCAAAGCGGGUGCGCUCAGAAAACUACUCGAGCAACGUGAUAAAGAGAAAGCUCGACAAAAAUUGUUGAAAUCAGUGGGGAUUGUCUAUGAAUAAAUGAGCCACAUGAAAUGAUGCUGUCUUUUGUCUAUCGUGAAGUAAAAAUGGCAUCAUUGCUUGAUUCUAAAUGUCAUAAGUAGUGUUGCCAAAUUUUCUAAUCUGAUUCAUGGUUUUAAAUAAACUAAAAUUGAGAUGUGUUUAGAAAUCUAGACAUUCGUUACGUGGACACGAGCAGAGCGCAUAAGCUAGUCAUACAGGGUUACAGCUUCACCCGAAAGAAAAAAAAGGGAACGAUACACGAUUUGGGAAUGUUGCCAGUCGAGACCGUUGGGAUGCAAAGCAUCGGUCACCAUCUAUGUGGCAGGAAACAAAGUGAAUAUGCGAGGAAUGCACAACCAUGCAAUUAUGACGCGAAGACAAAGACUGAGCUAGCGCAAACGGUUGAUGGAGGCACGCCUGCAGGAGCGUAUCUGGCGGAAAACCGAAAAAGAGAAGUGAUUGUCGCAGGGAACUUCAAUUUGCCUGUCAUAUUACUUACACUAUUAAAAAAAUAAAAUAAAUAAAAUAUCUAAACGAUAGUUUUGUUUUUGCAAUGUGAAGCUCGAGUCAUGGUGCAGAACAGGCUUGUUUAUUACGUUAACGGAGACCAUUGUCAUUUGAAUGCUGAACAAUAAAUAAAAACUAUCAUUUAGAUCGGAUCAUUAUCAACGUCCUAACUGAUUGUUUUUUUGUGUGAAUAUUUUCAGGCGAUCUACUACAAUCAAUGGAAGACUAUAGUCAAGUUCAAACCGAAUUUGAAAUGCCACAUCCGGAGUUGGCUGGAGUGUCUGUACUGUAUAAGCGUAAUCCAGUCGAAAUAAUAGGCGACGAAAAACACGCUAUAGACCCCAGCAAAGACGUCAGCUUCGUAUUGCAAGGCAACCGUCGCAAACUGUAUGUCAAAGACCACUGCUACUACCGGAAACACACUUUGAAAAAUCACACACAGUGGCGUUGCACUGAAUACAGAGCCUACGGGUGCUUGGCUUCGGUGAAGGUCUCGCGAAACGGAUUACAAAUGACUCUCCAAGGAGUGCACGACCAUCCCGUCAAGAAAGAGCAUCGUCGAGAAGGGCAGCUGAGAGAACUUAUGGAAAAACGGAAACAAACUGUUAACGAACGAAAGCAACAGCGCCGAAAGUAAACUUGCAACAGCACUGAUUCAAAUAAAGCUUUUGAAAAAUUUCAUCUUGUUUGAAUGUUUAUGAGUGUAGGUUUUGAUGGGCAAGUGUUGCCAUCACUCACUGUUGGUUCAAUUUCAGAGCUGCCGAAGUCGUUUUUCGUUUUGAGUGGCCGAGGAAAUCUCCAACUGUCGAUCGAUGGAUACGUGUUCACGCAAGAGCUGGUCAAGAACAACGACAUAGAUUGGGCUUGUUCGCAAUCAAAAGCUUUGCGCUGUAAAGUUCGCGCGACUACAUCUCGUGGGAAAGAUCGCAAAGUGCUCUCGAUCCGAGGCGAACACAAUCACGGGAUAAUUACUGAACGUCGGAAAAGCGGUGCCUUGAAGGCUCUGCUGGAACAACGCAAGAAAGAGCGCGAUGAACGACGAAUGAGAUUGGGUGGAGUCUUUUCACCAGCAGUCUAGAAAACUGUAUUGGAUAAAUAAAUACUACACAAUAAUAAUGAAUUGUUUGAUUAUAAUCUGAUUGAAGCAAUAGAUUUGUUGGUGGUUUCGCCUCUCCUUAUUUAUUUUGACCUACUUUUUGUCUCGUUUAUAGUUGCAUAUUGUUUCCAUGACGCCUCAGAAGCAGUAAGAAAACCAAACGUUCAGUAUUCAUUGAGUAACAAAGGCACCCUGGUGCUGUUACUGGAUGGGUUCUCUUUCUUCAAGGAAAAAGCACGCAACGGUUCUACUUUUUGGCGAUGCUCGCAGUAUUUUGCGCUCAAGUGCCGAGCUCGCGUUCGCAUGCCGCUUCCACCGAACGAUGAAAAUCUAGUCCGCCGAGGAGAACAUAAUCACAAAAUCAUCUCCGAACGACGCAAAUAUGGCUCUCUGAAAAACAAUAUGAAGAACGAAGAAGAAAUUACGCAGCGCCAUGAGAUCUCUGAGAAGGGGUUGCUCAGUAAAUGAUAUGCCAUUUUAAAUAUACGUAAUAAGAUUACCAAAGAGAAAUUCGAUGAAAAAUGAUGUUAUAUUGUAGUACUAGAACACGUGUGUAUUAUUUUCAUUUCAGUUCGUUUCUCAAUGUUACACACGGAUGAACUAAUCUUUGUCGUGCAUUCGUUUCAUUUAUCUCCUGCUUGUCUCUGGCCUGAUUCCCCUUCCCCGACAGAAAAUGGAACCAAACCAUACGUCCAAUAUACGAUUAGUAAUCGUGGAACUCCAUUGCUAAUGCUGGAUGGAUUCGCCUUCACCAAGGAUAAAGUACGCAACAGUGUUACCUCAUGGAGAUGUUGUCAACACCGUACACUUAGCUGCAAAGCUCGCGCCAAUGCCGUCCGGGAUCGUAGUGGCCAAAAGAAAAUCGUCAUCAAACACUUUCACAAUCAUCCGCUUGUAACCGAGCGUAAAGAGAAACGUUCCUUAAAAUAAACUUAUGCGCUACUUCUAGUACCUCAGCAACAGUUACCCAAAAGCAAAAUAUAUCGUGUUUUCAUUUUCGUUUUUUUUUUUACAGUUUUUCUAUAUCGUCCGUUGAAAUCUAUCUCCUAACAAGAACAUUUGAUCUGCAUUCUAGGGAUGGUGACGUACACUACAAGCCGUCGAGGUCGUCGACAGAUCUGCUACUUCGAACACUCAUUCGAGAUGGAAAAGGAACGGAAAGGGUCCACCAGUUGGCGGUGCGGUCAGGCAAAGCCUCUCAAAUGCAAGGCCAGAAUUAUCGAGCGCAUUUCAAAGUACGGCGACCCAAUGUAUGAAAUUGUGCGUUCGACGCAUAAUCACGACAUUAUAACUGAGAGGAGGCCACGAGGGUGGUUGAAAGGUUAUAAUGAGCUAUCAAUAAUGAAAAAAGAAGAACAAUAAAUUCACAGUUCCUUGGCAUGUAAUCUAGUACAACUUUUUGGAAUUAAAUUGUUACAAUGGACUCAAGUAGUUCUUCACUACAAACCUGUUUUGGCGAGUAAUCUAGUACAACCCAUCUAUAUAAUUUAGAACAAUUUGACUGGCUUUAUAGACCUGGAAUUACAAUCUAGUACAACUAUACAGCUCAAUUUAUAUUCCAGUAGCAACAAAAUAAUCAACUUUUGAACUAUUAUAGGACACUGUUACGGUUCGGCGGAGUACUCAAUCAACCAACAUUUUUAACUGUCCACAUUCUAUUACUUCAUCUUACGAAUCGUAGCAUGACACUUCACUAAAACCUCUCCUUGACUUUUCGUUCCAGUGCACAAGAUCAUGAAGCUACAGAAACGACUCUACUACCUCAAAAAGGUGUCCGGAGAGUUUGUUCAACACGGAGAAAAUCCAGUUUCUUCGCAGAUUGAGUAUUUGCAGCGCGAUCUGGAAAUGCUUACGGGGACUCUACCGAAAAUGGAGAACGCUCCGGAUUGUAAGCCAUCUUCCGUUCCGGGAUUCGAGUUCCCUCUGACCGAGCAGGAGGAAAUUGAACGCUUGGAGGCGGAGGUACGAAACGAUCCGUAUGUCCGGUGCCAAUAUGUGAACUAUCUUAUCAACAAAAAGCCAGCGCCGAUGAAUCUAAUACAGUUUCUACCAAUGGUGUUUUCCGAUGAGGCCCUUAUUGCCUACAACUAUCAUGGUUCGCAUGCUUCCGGAAAAUCUAAGCAUUCGAUGAAGGCGUACACCAUUUUUUCGGAAUGCUUUUUGGAAGCCUUCGAAGGAGAAGGAUUGGAUAUGGACACAUUGACCAAGCAGCUGGUAAUGGCCAUCAAACAGAGCCGGAACCGUAUGCGGCAACGUACAUUCCGAGCGAAGAAGACGCUACUACGAAUCAGCAGCGACAAGGGUUCUGAGUGAUUAGUGUGGAACGGGAUGUCUUGUUUUCAGAAUUUAAAGUACAUUCAAUAAAAUUGAGAAGAAGUGAAUGAUUAACUGCGAUGUUUUUUGACGUACUAGAAUGAAUAUUGUUGUCGGUUUAGUGUAUAAAUAAUGUUUCUUUGCUAACAAUUUGAACCAACUCUUGAUUGAACAGGAACUGUUGACGUACCUCCAAAAAUGAUUCUGAUGAAGUUGGAAAUGGAACGUUUGGCACAGCGCAUCAACGAGGGCCCUUUGACCAUAGAUGGUAAGGACGAUUUGAGCAAAAUACGAUCACUUCGCAGGGAGCUGAAACAGUUGGACGAAGAAUAUCAAAUGCUCAGCAAAGCUGCCGGUGCAAUUAAUAAGCCCAAGGUAACCGGAUUUAUGUUUCCCAUUAGUCGCGAAGAGGACAUCGAACGGCUGGAAGCUGCUGUUCGCUGCGAUAGUGACAUUCGAGCUCAAUAUGUCGAAUAUCUGAGCGUCACAAAACCGCUACGCCAGGGCGUCGGGCAGGUGUUCAACAAGUACUUCACCGACGAAGCCAUGACCAACUACAAUUGGCACGGUCUGGAUAGGGCACAGUAUCCACGAACGCCAAAGAAAGGCAUGCAGAUGUAUGAUAUAUUCUACGGUUGUAUGAUUGAUGCAUGGGAAAGUCACGGACUCGAUAACGAAACACUUGUCGAGCAGAUUUAGAAAGCAGUUUAUCAUAUAAAUCGACGUCGGUACACCAAAAAACAGUCCCUGAAAAAGAAGUACACGAUUGUUGAAGUACAAGAGUAGAUAUUAUAUUGGAUGAAUUUGUUUAUGACGAACCUUCUCCAGCUUCUUCAUGCAAGAAAUCUAUACGUUCUACGAUUGCAUUUUAUAGGUUGUACUGUAGUACUAGAUUGACGUAUAAUUUUCAUUUAUUUUACUACCACAUUUAUACGCGUCGAAAGGUGUAACACCGCCCAUGAAUAUCGAUAGUUGAAUAAAAUUGCAGCGAACUCUCUAACCAGCUUUGAUUUAAUAAAAUUCUAAAUUUUAGAAAUAAUCUAUUAUUUUUUUAUCAUACAGCUGAUUAUCUGCUAUCUGACACUCUCGCAUACUUCCAGAAACAAUUCAGUCGAACCUGGCAAAGCGUAAAAAAGAGCUGUUGAGGUACCUGAAGCCGUUCAAACGACCCGAACAACCGCAGCGGAAAAUUUCGGUUGAAGGAUUUUCCUUUCCAGUAUACACCUCGGACGAGGUGGAACAACUAGAGGAAGCUGUCCGCUCAUCCAGAAAUAUACGCCGCCAGUACGUAGCCUAUCUGACCGAGUGGAAACCUCGCCACAUGGACAUUGUGGAAUGUUUCGGGAAGUUCUUCACCGAUGAAGCGAUGGCUCCGUAUGCGUGGAAUGGGUACAAGAAUCCAAAGUUUCCACGCAAGGCAAUGAAAACUAUGGACAUCUUCUCCUACUGUAUGCUUGAGGCUUGGCAACGACACGGAGUUACUUCGAUGGACAUUCUCUCGGACAUCAUGACCAAGGUGAUUACGAAGAUUGCCGGUCGUCGGCGGUCCAACAAUUACAACCAACGGAAGCGUAUCCAGCAGUUUUGUGACAAACAUAAUGAAUAAAUGUUAAAUUCAUUGUUUGAAAAUUUGUGUUUUUAUUACUUUUACAGAGGCUGUGUUUAACAUUGGGAAAAGUAUUUUGCAGAUUAAAUGAAUACCGUUUCGUUCCAGAUGUGGUAGUUAUCAAGGAGGACUUGCAAGAGGCUUCUUCCACGGGGGUGACCGGGUUCAGCUUUCCAUUGUUCUGCGAGGAAGACGUCGAUCGACUCGAGGCUGCAGUCAAGAUGGAUCCUAUGGUUCGCCGGCAAUAUAUAAAACAUUUGAAAUCCCUAGGAGAGUACCAACCCAGCUUAUUUGCAAAGUAUGUGAGUGAACUAUUCAGUGAUCUCUCGCUUUACAACUAAUGUGUUACAAUAGACGGGGAUGGACAUACUAAUAAGAAGGAUAUGAUCGGAUACGACAUUUUCACGCACUGUUUGCUAGAAGCCUGGGUGCCACAAGGUCUGACGAUUUCCAAACUGACCGAGCUAUUGAAAUCGGUGACAGUUAGCCUCAGCGAGAGACGGCAAUUGUCCAACCGGAACCGCCGAAAACGAUCGGAACUCAUUCAGAAGUGGCUCAUAAAGGAGAAUCAAAAACAGAAAUCUUAAAAUUGCAGUGCUCAAUAAAAGUUUGUGAAAAGAAUGAAUUAUUUUAAAUUUUUAUUCUCUCUGACAUGCAGUACUAGAAUACUGAAUCAGAAAUCUAGUAACUCGAAAAUAUUUUAACGUUACAGCGAAAUCUAUACCCACUGGAGCUACGUCACAUAAGGAUGUUGAACAAUUGAAGCUAGAACUGGCGCAACUGGAUGUCCUUUUUAGUCAACGCCGGGAGACAAAAAAUAACGCAAGUGGACGGUCGAUGGUGGAUGGUUUUGUGUUUCCACUGACAACGGAAGCCGAUGUGGAAAGGCUGGAAGCGGGAGUGGACUCGAGUGCCACCAUAAAGAGACAAUAUAUUCAACUGUUAAAAGCCAAAAAACCGAAACAUAUAGAUCUGGUGGAUUGCUUCCCAAUGAUUUUUGGUUCAAGCUCUAUGGAAGCCUAUACCUGGAGUGGAUGUCGGAUAUCAAAAUUUCCAAAGAAAGCGAUGAAAAAUUACUCUAUUUUCAACGGAUGCAUGCUAGCUGCUUGGGAAUCACAGGAAAUGGACAUCAAAAUGCUGGAAGAGAACAUCAAACAAGCUAUUCAUCGCAUUCGACGGCGCCGGUUGGCAAAAAUUUUAUACGAUAAGAAAAAAUCCACCUCUGAAAUGUGAUUAGUUGUCGAAUAAAAUCCUUUGAAAUCCAAUGCAAUGUGUCUCGCAUUUGAAUGAUAAUUUUACUUGAAUCAGGGAUCACCUAACCUCGUUCAUUGUCAUUUACAGAUGUAUUCUAUAUAGCAGACACUCGUAGCCCUAGCACCAAAAAGGGUGAAAUCCGGCUGAAUAGGCGAUCUUUCAAAGUCGCGGUAAAUGAUGACGACGAAUCGAACGAUGAAGCUGAAAAUCCUAUGUUCCGGUCCGUGCCUGGGUUCAGAUUUCCGUUGAAAACGGCCGAAGAUAUUGAAGAUCUCGAACGCAGCGUUCGCGCAAGCACCACCAUUCGACGACAAUAUAUUGAACUACUACGCAAAGCACGUCGACUGGUCGAGAAACCAUCGUUCGCCUUCCUGAAGCUGUUCAGCGACGCGUCACUGCUGGACUACAACUACAGCGGGCGAUGCAACUUUUCCGGAACACAGAAAAAAGCAAUGAAGGAUUACAAAAUCUUCGCUGAGUGCAUUGUUGAAGCUUGGGGUGGGGAAUCGUACUCGAUAGAAGAGCUUCGACAGUAUUUAUGCAAUGCGAUCACGUUGGUUAACAAUAGAAAACGAGGGGCUCGCUUCCGCAAGAACCAGCGAAGUACUAGAGGAGACAAGAAAUGACCCCGCGGAUGAAAACUGUGCUGGGCAAGCGAUCGAAAAUGAUACAUAAUGCUCGCAUCUGUUAAACUGAUGCUUAUUUGAGAAAUAAAAACUUAUUAAUAUUAUUGUGUAACGAAUGGUUUAGUGGAAGAGCAAUUUUUCAAAUAUCAAUCAAAACGUACAAGAGUUCUUGCAAAUUUGAAUCGAUAUUUUCUUAUAUAAUGUGACUAAACAAAAUCUAGUACUACAUAUUUCUGUUAAGGUUCAAUUAAACUCAUACAAUUAUUUUAAUUUUCGCCACGAAGUUUGAAUCACUGCCCUAUAAGAUUGCAUCGCAGUUGAUUUGCUCAAAAAUCGAAAUAAUAACAAAUUCAACUCUUUUCAGCAUGGCGUUUGCGCCUCAAAAACCCAAAUAUCAGCUGCAGCGAAACUAAGGCACUGCUGGCCGCGGCUAUGGAGCACACUGGUGUACCGGGAUUCCGGUUUCCGAUCCGAUCUGAGGGCGAAAUCGAACGGCUAGAAGUUGCCGUCCGUAGUGACAUGUACAAAUGGGACAAUUAUAUUGCAUUCCUGCGAGAUUUGAGGGCCAAUGAUCUCCACACACCAAUACGAUGCAUUUUUCAGUCGGUGUUCUACGACGAAGCUCUAGUCAACUAUAACUAUAAUGGAAUUAGCACUGCGCCGGGCGUUCAUAAGCGAGCAAUGAAAAGUUACGCCAUCUUUAGGGACUGCUUCGCUGUGGCCUGGCGAGAAUUUGGAAUCACCGACGAUAUGAUUCGUGCCAUGUUGACAGAAAUUAUUAAAAAUAUCAACAGACGAAAACGAAAUCGGCAGUAUAAAAAUCGGAUACAGAAGAAAAAGAGGCUACAUAACUCGUUUGGCACAAUCACCAUCUCGAACGUCCGUUGGAUUAUAAAGCCAAAAAAGAAAUCUGCCCUUAGUGCAACGCAGCGCAGGUCCUCCGAACAUGUCCGUCAGCCGGAUUCGAUGAUCGAGUCCAAAGUAGCAGAAAACAUUCCAGGUUUCCGAUUUCCCAUUGAAUCUGACAACGAUAUUGAGCGCUUGGAAGAAACCGUUCGGAGUUGCGCUCUUACACGUAGAAGAUACAUCAAUUGCCUUCGGCAGAUCAAGGACUCGAGUGAAAAUGCGUCUAUCGAAAGCAUCUUCAAGAUGUUCUUUUACGACGAAAGCCUCACCGAGUACAAUUAUAAUGGCUUCAGUAACAGUCGUCGGGCCAAGAAACGGGCGAUGAAGAACUACGACAUUUUCACGAGCUGCUUCUUGGAAGCCUGGACGGAUCACGGAGUUACGGAGGAUGAGCUUCGUCAAAUGUUGUGCAAGGUGAUUCGCAACGUACACGGUCGGGAACGAUUCCGUCGCUACCAAAACCGGAAGCGAGAACGGGAACUGACUGAAAGUUGUAUUUAUUCGGAUGAAGAUGAUUUCUAAUAAAGAUUGACUGCUACAAUUACUAGAUUUCUUCUAUGCACAGCUUAGCCACACGUUAUGGAUAUCUCAGGAAUAAUGUGCUAAUAGUUCAAAAUAUUUUUGUUCCAGCAAUCAAACCUGGAGCCCCUGCCACAAAACUUUUGUUUCCGCUAACCGAUCCGCAUGCCGUCAUUCAACUGGAGGAUUUUGUUCGGAUAGAUCCUAAUAUGAGACGCAAAUAUAUUAAAUUUCUGCGCCGCAUCAAAACACCACGACAAAGCCUUGAAGAUACGUUUGGUAAAAUCUGCACCGAUCAAGCCAUCUUCCGUCACUUUAACUGGACGUCCAACAAGUCCUCUCAAUCUAUGACGCAGCGAGAAACACUGCAGCAUUAUUGGAUAUUCACAGAUUGUUUGUAAGUAACUCUAUUGGAGCUAGUACUUCAUUUUUAACUCGGAACUGUAAAUUCUUUAUCAUUGUAGAUGUCUAUGAUACUAAUAUUGUUCUUACCAUUUCAGAGGCUUGGAGCAGUCACGGAUUUACUAUGGAAACGUUGAAAUCAAAAAUGGCAAGCGUUAUCAAACGCAUCUAUGUUCGCAACAACGUGCGCAAUUUUCGAGCUAGGUCUAAGAUUGUAGAGCUUUGAAGAUUUCUAGGAUAUGAAUAAAUGUAGAAAAACAAUA